GUGGCCAAUGUAUAUUAACCUGCCCAUGGCCACUCCAGCCAGACAGCAAGGUCGAGAGGACUGAGGCAAGAUGUGGAAGAGAAGUGACCAUCACUCAAAGAUCAAAGCAAAGAAUGGAUCUCCGGCUGACCGGUUCAGGGAACUGGCUUUAACUCCAGAACCGUCCAGGCCCAACGCCGCAGACCUGUCAGAACUCCAGAGCUGCCGGGUAUUCGAAGCUGUUCGCCGUCAUGUCGAGGAAGCGGGAACCCAGCUGGUGAAGCAAGUCAAUGCCGUUUUUCAACUGGACAUCACCAAGGAUGGAAAGAUCAUCAUGCAGUGGACCAUCGACCUGAAGAACGGAUCUGGAGAGGUGUACCCCGGCUCCUCCAGGCUUCCUGUGGACACUCUCUUUACCAUCUCAGAGCCUGUGCUCAUGGAAUUGGCCUUUGGUAAAAUUAACCCUCAGAAGGCUUUCCUUGCCGGCAAGUUCAAAGUCAGUGGCAAGGUUCUGCUCAGCCAGAAGCUGGAGAAAGUUUUCAAAGACUGGGCUAAAUUUUAAGCUUGCGAAAAUAUCAAGGAAAUGAUCAAAACUUCUCUCCAAUUAUUGAGUGGAAAUCAUUCUUAAACUGAAGAUUAAAGCAAAAAGUGUCCAAUAUUUUUACUCAAAUUCUUCCUAUAGAAGUUUGAUUAAUUUUCCUGCUGGAUGUGUAAUUGUGAAGGGAGGGUUCUAGAGCAGUAAAGAGUG